GUGUCAUUUAGUUUUUCUCUUUCUAUUGCAAAGCCAAUAAAUCUUUUCUAAUCAUGAUUAUUUAGGUAUUGUAAGGAUCAAAUGAUCUCAAUUAAAGACUAACAUAAUGCUAAGAAAAUGUUAAGAACGUUAUUCGAGAUAUUUCAUUAAGUUUUUUAGUAUUUCCCUAUCGCAAUUAUAUCCUUACGUUAUCAUGCCGUUAAGGAACUAAACAAACCCUUCAUGUUCCCUGAAAAGGCAAUCUAUCGUGAAUUCAUAUAGUAUAAAAUUGCCGCCGAUUAGUCACGAUAUGAUAUCUCAUUCGCAAUCAGAAGCUUAUUAGACUUUUUUCCUAAUAGGCCAGAAAACGUUUUGCCACUAGAGAGCGUUAUUUAAAAAAGUAGAUUGUUUUCUUCUUGCAACCAUGUUCUACCGUCAAGUUGUUUUUACAUCCUUAGCUUCUUUAACCGCAACGGAAGAAUAUUGCUAUGAUUAUAUAGAUUCAAAAUCUCAUCGUCGCGGUGGUUUCUUUUGUGAUAACUUUUGUUGUGGCAAGCCAGACGCUAAACAUUGCUGUGAUGAAAAGAAUCUCAGGUUGCCUCAAAAUACAACCUUUACUGAUCCAAAAUUAACACUGCUUAUGACAUCAUACGCAUUUGCUAUCAUUAUGAUAAUUAGCAUUGCGUUAACCGUUACUCUAUGCCUUUGUUAUAGGGAACGUGGAUCAGCCAACUUAUCGAAUAACCAGAGCGAUAGGAAAACGAACCGUAAUUCAGAAAAUCUGAGUUUUUUUAGUGAAACGAGAAAAGCUUCCUACCAGAAACAGGAGCCGGAAGUGGAUAUUAUAUAACAAAACUAGUCUUAAAAAUAAUAAUAAAUAAUAAUAAUAAUUUAAGAAUAAUUGUACUCUUCUAUUCUCUUCUUCUCAUACUCUUCUUACAGGCAACUUUUAUGAUAAUUAAGAAAUAUCAAUUUCCCAAGGUAAAUUGGCUCAUUCAACUUUCUUUGUUGGUGUAUGAUUAUUUGAAAGUCGGUUGAACACGAAAAAUAUGCGAUUUGUACAUGUCCCAAGUUGAUUUAAAGAAAAAACACGUAAGAGAGGAGAGUGGCGGGAAGGGAGAAAGAAGAAGAGAAAAUAUGAGAAUGCAAAGGAAAUGAUUUAUUUUAGUUUUAAGCCAUUUUAUUUAAAUGAUACAAUUGUAGAUUAUAUUGAAAAUGUAUAAUAUAAUAUAAAUAAUCAGCAGAAAAUGACGAAAAGAGGAAUAAUUAAGUAAUAAAAGGUAUAUAUACUUUUUAAUCAAAUAACAAUAAUCAAUAAUUUUUAAUUAGUAUUUUCCCUAAUCUUUAGUUCCUAAUAAAUAUAAAGAUAUAAAGAUAUACGUGAUAAAAUCAACUUACUUUAACUGAUAAUAAGAAAAGAAUCAUAACUUUAUAUAACAUUCUUUAUGGCAUAUAUUAGAAUUUAUGACGUAAGUGAAUGGUUAAUAUAUAAAGUAUUACCCACAUUUUUUCUUAUAUACAGCAUAUAUUGUACACUGUAUAUAUAUUUAAAUAAAACAUUGAGACCAACUGUGGGCGUAAAACAAAAGGCUUCGCUCAUUUCCUGUAGCAAACUUUCUAAUAAUAAUUAAAAGAUAAAAUGGUUGAUGCGUCAUAUCUGUAUCCGUUUUAGAGUUUUUAAGUCAUUAUUUAUUUGACACUUAUACCUACCUCAUGAAAUUUAAAAUAUUAAUCAAAAAGGGUUAUAAAUAUUCAUUAAUGCAAAUUAAUUUCAUUCUCUCUGUAUACUUGACAAUGGA